AUGGCGUCGUGUCAUCGAGAGGAGGUUUACAGAUACUACAAAACGGCGAUUUCUUCCUUAGACUCUGAUAAACUACAACAAUUUAGAAGGUUCAAAAUUUUUAAAUACCAUUCUAGUUUUCAGUAUAUUUGCAGGGAAGAAGAACCACAUCAUGGACAGGGGGCUGCUUGUCAGCCAGCACACAAAGCUGCAACAAGCACUGUUGCAAUUGUACAUGGUGAAGAAAAUGAAACAACUGUCACAGAACUUUCCCCUGCCACACCUGUGCAAGAUGUAAAGCAGACAUGGACCAACUGUCUUACCAAAGGCCUCAUCAAUUUUAGAGGUGAGUUGGAUGCAGAGUUUGCGUCGAAAAAGAAAACCCAUAAAGCAUUAUGGAAAGAAAUUGCUGAUAAAAUGAAGAACGAGUAUGGGUUUACUGGUGACUGGCUUCAGUGCCAGUCAAAAUUUAACAAGCUUACUGCCAAAUACAAGGCUGUAGAGGAUGCUAACAAGAAGUCUGGGGAGAGACGGAGAUCCAUGGAAUUUCACAAAGAAAUGAUGGAAGUUAUGGGUGAUGAUCCAAAAAUAACGCCAUUAAAAACAGUAUCUGUAGGUGUGAGUAAGGGUGUAAGUAUAAUUACUAGUGAGAAGGGGGAGAAAGAGGAGGGGCAUGAGAAGGUGAGUGGUAAAGUAGGGUGUGAGAAAGUGAAGAAAGUGUCUAAGCGUAAGAGGGAGGAUGAGUUGAUAGAUUUGUUGACUGAGGUGAGGGAUGACAGGAGAAAGUUUCAGGAGGAGCAGAUCAGAGUAAAUGAAAGAAAGCUGGUGCUUAUGGAGAGAUUAGUGUCUUUGCUUGAAAAUUAAGUAUGUGUUUUCUCUUCUGAUAUCAGAGAUCAAAUUAGUAAGUGCAUGUCACUAAGACCAGACCAAAGUCAAUUUUUAUUUGGAUUUUUAAUAUUUUGUGUUUUGAUUUAAUAUUAUAUUUGUUUGGAAAUUUGCUAUUUUGUCAAACAUCUUAAUUCAAAAUUUUGCUUAAAUUGUUUCAAUUUCAAAAUUAUUUCAAAAGAUAAUUUUAACUGAAGGUAAUAUAUUCUUAGUUUAUGGUCUAUGGCCCUACGGAGAAUGUUUAUCUCACAUACUUUUUCAAAACAAUGCAAUUUUGUAGAAUACAUGUAUUCCAAAAAAAAAAACCCAAUUAAAAUUUUGUUUUUUUGUUAAAAUAAUUGAAAGAACCAUUCGCAUAUAUUUUUUUGUUACUUGUACUCUGACCAUCAUUUUUCAAGGUGGUAUAGUAGACAGUUUUGUUGUUUUUUUUUUCUUUUUAAGUUAUGUUAGAGAAUUAUUUUAAAACAAACAGACUAAGAACAGGUGUAAAUAUUGAUGUGAAUUUAUUAUUAGUUGUUGAUUGAACUUU